AUGGCCUGCAAGGUUGCGCGUUAUGGCAUGCAGGUGGACACGGAUGACCUGCAAGGGUGUCUGCUGUUCAAAGGCUGUAAGUCGAUUUGGCAGGAUCGAGGUGAAUUAAGGGUAGUCAACUGGAUUAUCAUCUGGGAAAAGGGACGAUCUGGAAAACAAAUUCAAUACUACCAACCGACGUUUCUGGAUGACGGAACUAUAGAUGGGAGCGUAAAUGGAAAUGUAACCUGUGGAAAUUUCACCGGAUCUUCUAACAAACGAGGGGAGGAAGAGGUUGAUGAUUCCAAGGCGAAAAGAUCUUUCAAGAGAAAUCGCCAGGACACUGACGAUAGACAUACUACACCACCACCAUAUUCAAGUGUAACCGAAUCUGUGGAAGUCAUUGAUGAUUCGGAAAGUGAUACUGGAUCAAUUGAUAUAGUUCGGAGUGAAGAAGAGAUUAGGAAGCUUAAGCAGGAUGAGGUGGACGUUCGUAACAAAUUACUCAAAAUUCUUACUGCACGUCAAAAAAAAGACAAAGAAGCCGGGAAAGAUUUUAUGGCAUCAAUAUACCUCAACAGUAUUAUAGAUUUAUCAGACGAUGAUAUAUAUAAACAGAAAAAAUCUUGGAAACCUACUCCGGAAUUUACAGAAUAUAUCAAUCAAUUCACUGAAGAAACCUCGCAUGAUAUCGCUCUGCAUAUACUAACUCAUUUUUCUUUACGUCUAGAAGCACCUAUGAAAGUUGAGUACAAAGGCCUCGAUCUAGAAAGAACUUAUGCCGUAGACACAAUAAUUUACAUUUUAAAUAGGAUAUUUAGGAUGUACCAAGAUGAGUUGGAUGUUGCUUGGUAG